AUGGGGCCAGGCGCGGCUGAAGCCGAGGCGCCGCCGCUGGGUGCAAUAGAGGGAGGUGUUCACGCAGGCAACGCAGAUGCAUCCUCGUGCAGAGCUUCGGAUCUCGUCGUCAGCACGAAGGCCGAGGCCGGCCCGGGAGGAAGGCCACAGCACUUCGUGAGCGUGAUCAACACUUGCAGCUGCGCGCAGAAGAACAUCAAGCUGGCGUGCCCGGGCUUCAACUACUCCAUCGCUGUCUACCCGGCCAGCGCCAUCAGGCGGGACCGCGACGGCGUGCACUGCACCCUCGUCGGCGGCCGCCCGGUGGGGCCUGCCCGGUCGGUUAGCUUCGUCUACGAGUCGAGCGCCAACUUCAGCUUCCAGCCCGUCUCCUCCCCCAGCGUCUGUUAG